GGAGAAUCAACGGAGUACUCUCGCAGGAGAUUAUAGCAGCUUUCAACCGCCUCCCCAGCAACGGUCGAGGCCAAUACUUUCCCUGGUUUCUACAAAAUCAAUAUGUCCUUGACCACAUUCUGCCACUUCCGGACCAUGAAAGCGGUAUGCUGCAACGUGCUUGGCAAUUCAUCGGAGGCUCAGCUUCGGAUUCAGACGCAGACAUUAACGUAGUCAUGCGUAUCAUGCCAAAGCACAAAGUCAAGUGCCUCAUGUUUUAUAAGACACUACUCGGCUAUUGGUAUCCUCGCGUCGAUCAAGACUUUUAUAUUGAAUUUGGCUUCUGUGCGUAUGAUGAACCCGGUCAGAGUUGGUUAGGGUUCCGUUAUAUGGACUUGAUCAAUGCUUGUACUUUUGACGAAUUCUGUGACGCAUAUAAGAGCUCAAGCAUCCUCUCCCGCCUGGACCUCGCAAUCGGAUGUAAUAUGUUCUGUAGUAACAACUGUCCUGAUCUGUCGGAUGUUCUCCACGGUUCUCCAGAUAUGUUCAAGUCCGUAUGGUACCUGAUACAGAUGCUCAAUGCAGAAGUUCCGAAGGAGGUGCCAGCUGUGAUGGUUGAUUACGGUUUCGUCAACUGUAGAGAUGAAGGAGAGAGAAAGGCCUUGAUGGACGUGUAUCGUAAGGUUUUGCGCAUGAGCAAGCCACUGAAGCUGCAUGAAGCUGCCGUUCAAGGGAAGCUCUUCGACUAUGCGGGAGGGUUAGUGAAGUUGAAGAAGAAGUUCAAGCGUCUGAUGAAAAAUCCAUAUCCUUCGGCGUCUUUUUGAGCCCAUAGGUUUUUGUCUGUAACUUUUCUAUCAAUGUUUCUGUGAGACGUUGGACCAUGUUGUAACUGUAUAGAGCCACUAUUUAAGGAAAGUUGUACGAUUAUGUGGGAGGGAGCUGAAGAAAAUCAAACACCUGUGUUCGCGCCUGCUACUGAAAAGUGUUGUCAAUAUGCUGAGCUCUCUAUUUGCAUUGUUUUUUUUCUGUCGUUGUUUUCUUUCCGGAAUUCUGUAUCUCGUACUCCUACACUUCUACUGUUUAUCCCCAUCCGUCUCAAGGUCUGUCUCUCAUGCGUCGUGAAUGCUCUUACUGUUACCAUUGUAUCACCCUUGUCAUUUCAGCUGUAAUGUACAAUUUGAAGCCAACUUC